UUUAUUUUAUUUUAUUUUAUUUUUCUUAAAAAAAAGCCUUAUUUACAUUCAUCAACUUUUGUUACAAUUUACACUUACGUUCAACAAAAUAAGUUAAAUGUCUUCGCUAGGUCAAACUUUGAAUGGUAGUUGGGUCAAACCCCAAAAUGUCCACUCCCGCUGCCACUCCGGCCACCUACACUUCCAUUCCGAUCUCCGGCGCUGACGUCAUUUCCCGAUCUUUCCACAACCUCUCCGCUGCUGUAUCAUCUCGUCGCCCAUGGCCGGAUUUCGUUGCGGCCGACGUGUUCCACCGCCCGGAUUCUUUAACCGUUGCCGGCGAGCGAGUCCGCAAGAAUGCGAGCUACUUUCGCAUCAACUACGGCAUAUUGAUACUUGGCUGUGCGAUGAUUUCCCUCGUCGGCACCCCAAUAUCGCUGAUGGUAUGGGUUUUGACGUUGGGGAUGUGGUUGAUCUUCUACUUCUUCAGGGAAGAUCCGCUGUUCGUUGGCGGCCGGCAAGUGAGCGACCGGCUGGUUCUGCUGUGCUUGGUUUUGGCUUCGGUUAUGGCGGUUUGGUUCACUGGUGUGCUUGAGAAUCUGGUGGUGGGAGUUGGGAUUGGGCUUCUUGUAUGUUGUGUUCAUGGGGUUUUCAGGAACCCAUUGGAAGAUGACGAAGCAGGACUACGGGAGAGCGCUCUCACUCAUUAAUCAAUCCUUUUUUACCUGUGAAUUUCCUUUUGACUUGUGAGGGUUGAGAUUCAUGAAUUGCAGCUUUGAUGGGAUGUGAGAAUUGGUUUUUGUGGACUUGGGGUGGAGGUGUUGAGUGAUUCAGUUGUGUAAGUGAAAGCCCGAAUGGUGGUGGCAGGCCGUUGUUGCUUUGAGGUAUUCAAGUUUGAGGGUACAUAGGAGAUUUUCAGUGGAUGAAUGUGAGCUGUUUUGAUGCCUGUGAUGAGGGUUUGUGAGGCUUUUGUCAUUGUUGUUUUUAUGUUGUCAAGGGGUUUGUUGAUUUGUGUUUCCCACUGUUUUUAUUCCAGACUGAAUUCUUUGCCCUUAA